CCGGGUCAGAGAGCACCUGAGGAGUGGAGAGACACCGAGCUCUGACGGAGCUGUCCGGCUUGAGUCCACCUCUUUUUGUCGAAGGAGACAUGGCCUCUCGUGGGCCCUUCACUGACCCGGGCUGUAGCUCGUCCGAGGAGGACAGCAGCCGUGCGGACAUGUCUGAAGAGGCGCGGAGCGAGGAGAGGAAACCUCCCGCGGUUCGCCGGCAUCACCCGUUCAGCGUGGAGGCGCUCAUGUCCGGGAGGAAGACGGUCAGCCGCGGCGGAGAGCCCACCUGCUGUAAAACGAGCCGGAGUUUGGUGGCAGCUUCGGGGUUAAACUCUGUGUAUCUUUGCCGGGAGACGCGCAGUCCUCCUGGGGAGAGUCGGAGCGGCUUCCCGGCGUCUUCUCCGAUCAAAUGUGAAGCGUCAGAGCCGGAGGACUGCGCUGCUUCGUGGGCUGCUGCCAACACCUUCCCAUCACAACCACGUCACGUCAAUCCUGGCUGUCAGCUGAGGAAGCACAAGACCAACCGAAAGCCCCGCACGCCCUUCACCACGUCCCAGCUGCUGGCUCUGGAGAGGAAGUUCAGGCAGAAGCAGUACCUGUCCAUCGCGGAGCGCGCCGAGUUCUCGUCCUCCCUGACCCUGACGGAGACCCAGGUGAAGAUCUGGUUCCAGAACCGCCGGGCAAAAGCAAAGAGGCUCCAGGAGGCCGAGCUGGAAAAACUCAAGAUGGCAGCUGAUGCCAAGACGGCCGCGGUGGCGGCGACUGCCGCUGCUGGAGCUUUACACCCCGGCUUUACGUUACCACUGUCUCUGGGGACCAUGUCUCUGUAUGGACAGUCAUACUCCACCUAUCACCACCACAGACCUGUUCUACCCAUAUCACCUUUGGGACUGUACACCUCUCCUCUCGGUUAUAGCAUGUACCACUUAUCAUAAAAAAAAAAAAAAAAUUAAAAUGGAGCUACCGUCAUUCUGUUUGAAAAGAAAUGGACACAGGAGAUGUGCGCUUGGCCGUUUUUAAAACUAAUGUUCCAUCACUAUUUCACACAGGAAGUGCAACUUUCAAACCAAAUGAAACCAGUUUGACUCCACGUGUUUACAUCUGCAGGAACUGAUCAGACUGGCACCGAAACAGACUCGAGUGCUCCGAUUCUGAUCGAACUCAGUGCCUUGUGCCGGAAGUGGCCUUAAUAUCAACAUACGUGGAGCUGCUCAGUCCAGAUUAAACGCAUCGCAAGUUUCCGAAAAGUUAGUGCCUUUGAAAUACGGUCGAAGUCAGGCUUGUCUUUUUAUCCUUUGCAGCACAUUUAUACAACAUGGACUUAUUUAUUACUUACUAAAUAUAAUGCUGGAAAGUUUGAAUACCGUAUGUUAUGUAUUUAUGGUAGGUUCUAAAAAUAUGGUACAAAACUGUGGACCGAAUGUGUAUUUAUAUUCUUGAACACCCGCUCGACCGGGGCAACGUGGUUCUAUGCAAUUUAAAUUUUUAUAUUUUUUCACAUUCUUGUUUUGUCUCCUGAAAUGAAAGCUUGUUGCAUACAAAUGACUUUUCUAAAGAAUAAAAAAAAAAGGAAAAUUAAGAGCAGAUAUAUUUAUAUGAA